CACAAAUAUAAAUUGAUAGCUUUUGUGGUCCUCUCUCCUUAAUUUCUCAUCAUUUCAUGGAGAAUUGUCAUACUCCCUCUUUUUGCUUGGACUUAACCAUAGGCUUCUCUUCUUCAUCUCUUCUAUCCUCCGGGGAAAGUGGUGGUGGUAGCACAAUGAAAGAGCUGGACAUAAACCAAGUGCCCUCAUCAGGAACCGAAGAAGAAUGCAUGGAAGUUGAAGAAGAAGACGAAAGCCCGAAUGGGGGCGGCCCGGCUCGGAGAAAGAAGCUUCGCCUCACCAAAGAGCAGUCUCAUCUUCUUGAAGAAAGCUUCGGACAAAAUCACACCUUAAACCCUAGAGAGAAGGAAACUUUGGCAGAAAUAUUAGGCUUAAAGCCAAGGCAAGUUGAGGUCUGGUUUCAGAAUCGUAGAGCAAGGAGCAAGCUGAAGCAGACAGAAAUGGAGUGUGAGUACUUGAAAAGAUGGUUUGGAUCACUGAGUGAGCAAAAUAGGAAGCUGCACAAGGAGGUGGAGGAGCUCAGGGCAAUUAACGUCGGCAGCCACCUCUUCCCGCCGGCUUCUGCCCUGUCGAUGUGCCCUCGCUGCGAGCGCGUCACUGCGGCCUCCAACACAAAGAUGUCUCAUCUCCGGCGACGGCAACUCUCCGCUGCUUGCUAUAAUUAGUACUCCUAGUAUUACUAUUAAGUGUUGUGUUAAUUCACCACUACUCUAAUCUGAAUUAGUAUAUAUAAUUAUAUAGACUAGUUUUUGAAGGACUCAUUGCUGAAUGCACUUAAUAUUGCAUGGGAACAAUCUUUGUUUCGCUUAAUAUGACAUUAUGAU